GGCGGCGGCGCACGUGGUCCCGGAGCCCCCAUGUUCGAGGAGCCCGAGUGGGCAGAGGAGCCCCCAGCCGCCGCCGCCCGCGCGCCCCCGACCCCGCGCGCCAGGGUCGGGCCGGCGCCGCGCGCCAAGGGCCUCAGCCGUCAGCGUCUCCAAGCUACUUUAAAAGCACUACAGGCUGAUGCACUGCCUUGCCAGCUCCCUACCCAAGGGAACAAUGAUUCCAACUCGGAUUCAGACCUUGGGGAGGAGAAGAGAAAAAAGAGGAAGAAGGCCCCCAGAGAGGCUCUACUUGUGGAAGAAAACUCAAAGCUACCAGUCCAAAUAGUAAAAGCUAAGAAAGAAGAGAACAAAGGCUCUGGAGCCCCAAAGAAUGGUGAUCUGGCCCCUGCGCUUCCCCAGAAUGACCCAAGCCUUAGGAGGACCACCGUGGGCCCAAUGGAAGAUGGGAAUAAUACAGAGCGAAGGCUAAGCCGGAAACAAUGGAGAAACCGUCAGAAAAACAAACGGAGACAGAAGAAUAAAUUUCUGCCCCCAAAGCCACAGAGUGUUGCAGCUCCUGAGGAGACGAUCCCCCCUGGGAUGACAGAGAAGUGUGAGCCAGAGUUGGAAGCUGAGGAGCCAGAGGCAUCUCUGGACCGGGGUGGGAUGCUUCGGGCAAAGAUGAAGCAGAGGCUUGAGGGAGCACGUUUCCGCUUCCUCAAUGAGCAGCUAUACUCUGUGACUAGCAGUGCCGCAAGCCACAUCUUCCAGGAGGACCCUGAGGCUUUUGAGCUCUAUCAUCGUGGCUUUCAGAACCAAAUAAAGCGAUGGCCCAUAAAGCCUGUGGACCAAAUCGUGAAGGACUUGAAACAGCGGCCAGCGUCCCUGGUGGUGGCAGAUUUCGGUUGUGGGGACUGUCGCCUUGCCUCUAGUGUCAGGAACACUGUUCACUGCUUUGACCUGGCUGCACUUGACCCCCGUGUCACAGUCUGUGACAUGGCCCAGGUGCCCCUCGAGGAUGAGUCUGUGGACAUUGCUGUUUUCUGCCUUUCGCUGAUGGGAACAAACCUGAGUGACUUCCUGAAGGAGGCAAACCGAGUGCUGAAAUCAGGAGGCCUGUUGAAAGUGGCUGAGGUAGCCAGCCGGUUUGUGGAUAUGAGGAGUUUCUUAGGAGCCUUAGCCCAGUUGGGCUUCAAGCUUGUCUCCAAGGAUCUGAGCAACACCUACUUCUACCUGUUAAACUUCCACAAGAUAGGACCUCCCAAGGCUCAGGGUCCCCUUCGAGGUCUGACUUUGAGGCCAUGUCUGUACAAGCGCCGAUGAUCCAGUCUGGCUCCUUUCUGCCAGCCAUGAGGGCUCCUUGACAGUGCAGGAACUUGUGCAGGGGAGCACUGUGAUAAGGCAGCGGGUGAGGACUCGAUGUGAAGACUGAGCUGACUUCUACAGAAGGACAAUGGCAUCAGGGUGAGGAGUUUUCAGAGGGAAUCCGUAGAUGUGGAUUCAAGCCCUGACUGGGUCCCUUGUGACCAAAGACUGAUCGACUUCAUGUCCUUGGGCCUCCCUCUCCUCAUCAAUGAAAUAAAAAAACAGGUCUGAGAUCUGAGCUAGUCUGGCUCUAAACUGUAAGAAUGGUGGAGGGGGAGAUGCAUGCCACCCUUAUCCGGCUUUCCAUAGCUCAUUGGAUAAAUAAAGCUGUGGUGGAGUUUGA